AGGCGGACGGUUGUCUCCGGGCUCCCAUGCAAUGAAUCGAAUUGUUGAGUGCGAUCAGAAAAUACAGAGCCGCAAAGCUCCUACUCCCUGAAAUUCAACCAAUUAUUUGCGCAUUCAUGUGAGGGAAGGAAAUAGCGCCUGAGCCUAGACCGCACAAUGUUUCUGCAAUUGCAGUCACCAUGACGUCGUUGAUGAGGUAUGUGGGUAACCGUUCUACCAAUGCACCUACCUCCUUCUAGUUACUAUACUUAUCUUGACGACACGAUGGAUAGUAGCUUCCUUGCUGUCUCUGCUUCGGUCGUUAUAAUUCUUUCCCCUUGAAGUCCCAUCCUUCCUGACAUCUCAAACGUUACUCAUCCAUCUACACCUCUUUGCAUCCGCAGACUCAGUAAUUGCCCAUACCACAAUGACAGACAAAUCACAGUUCGAGGAAGGUUACAAGGUGCCGGUCACAGACCAGAGCUUCCCCGGCAAGGAGGGAAAGCUGCCCGUCACCCCUCUUUUCGACAGAGUCCCAACUGCAGAUGGCGGCUCCAAGCUGUAUCAAGCUGCAGGAAAGCUUGAAGGCCUGAAAGCCGUCAUUACUGGUGGUGACUCUGGUAUCGGCCGCGCCACAGCAAUUCUCUUUGCCAUGGAAGGUGCCGAUUCGCUCAUUGCGUAUCUCCCUGAUGAGGAGGAGGAUGCUCAGGAAACCAAGAAGCGUGUCGAGUCUUAUGGUCGCAAAUGCCAUCUCAUUGCGACUGAUAUUACUGAUGCCGCCAAUUGCCAAAAGAUUGUCGACACUGCGCUGGAGAAGCUCGGCGGUAUCGACAUCCUCUUCAACAAUGCCGCAUACCAGAUGAUGGUUGAGAACAUUACGGACUUGAAGGAGGAUCAGUGGAUUCAUACGUUUAACACCAACAUCCACCCCAUUUUCUACCUUUCCAAAUACGCCUUACCUCAUAUGAAGAAGGGCGCAACCAUUAUCAAUAACGCCAGCAUCAACGCUUACAUCGGCCGUCCUGAUCUCUUGGACUACACCUCCACCAAGGGCGCCAUCAUCUCUUUCACUCGCGGGUUGAGCAAUCAAUACUGCGACAAGGGCAUUCGCGUCAACGCGAUUGCACCUGGUCCGGUCUGGACUCCACUCAUCCCCGCGACCAUGAACGAAAAGGCCCAGAAGGAGUUCACGAGUCCCAUUGGACGCCCGUCGCAGCCUUCAGAGAUCGCGACGUGUGUGGUUUUCCUUGCUUCCACCGACAGUGCAAGCAUCACGGGACAGACGAUCCACUGCAACGGCGGUGUUAUUGUCAACGGCUAAGGAGGGAAGCGAGACAUUUUGUGCUACAUAGAUACCGUACGCUCGGUACAGGUCCUGGUUUCUUAGACAGAGUGCUAAACAUCAAGGUCUAGAGAACAAGUUAAUAAUUCCAUGAUCACAACUUUUUACUGUGUGAAAAUAGAAGAGAAGCGUGGCCAUCUCCAUAUUCUAUUCUGAUUAUAAGAAAAAUCUAAAGAGCCUCAACUGCGGCGACCAUUGAGCAUGUGUUAGCAAUUGUCUUUUGCGGUGACCAUGUCCAUCUGCUUAGAGACCGAUUCGGCCGACGGCAAGGUCCCAGGCGGGAACGCUACCCACAAGAGAUUGAAUAGCGUGGAUGAAACAGGGGACUGGGAUGAAACGAG